GACAGCCGGUCCUCGUGACUGUACGUUAUGCUUAUCGUAUACACAUAUUUAUACCUCAUGUGUGUACGUGCUCAUGUGAUCUUAUAUUAUUUCCUGGUUCCUGUCCGACAUAUAAGGAAUUCAAUGUUACCAAUUCAAUACGGUAAUACCUGUCUCGCGUGACCCUCCCUGUAACCAGUGAUACUCUGUUGAGUGACCAGUUUCUUUUCUCUGACGGAUGAUACUGGACUCUUGUCGACGUUAUCUAGCCGAUACAAGAACUUUGGUAACUGACCACUCUCUACUGCGACACUGUCCGGUGUAGAUUUGAUUAAUCACAACUGACCGAACUGACCACGUGGUCACGAUGUCGUCUUACUGGCAACAUGGACUCCUGGGGUGUAUGGACAAUUGUACGCUCUGCCUCAUCACGUACAUCAUGCCUUGCUACACGUUCGGCAAGAACGCGGAGGCUGUCGGGGAGAGCUGCUGCUGCUGUGCCAUGACCUAUUUAUUUCCCGUCAUACAUCUGGUGGCUGCCGUCAACAUCCGGGGGAAGAUACGACAAGAGAAAAGUAUAGACGGGACGUUGUGUAACGAUCUUAUAGUAGCCCUGUUCUGUCCCUUCUGUGCACUUGUUCAAGAAGCGAAUGAAAUCCGAGGAUCGCCGAUGAGUUCGUACGGAAUGGCGCGGGAGUAAAUGCGUUCAUAAACUGAUUAACAUCAACAUUUAAACAACUAGUGAUACCUUGUUCUUUAGGAAUAAUAUAUACCUAGUUAAAUUACUGUCUAAUAAAGCCAGCUAAUCCGUAUUUUAUCGCAACACAAUUGCCCUGGUUAAAGGAAACCCUCUCAAAUUUUGCGCUGCAUUUAGAUGUUACCUGCAUUCUGUUCAGAAUGAUAUGCCUUUGUGAUGUAAAUUUUAGUCUCAAAUCAGAAUGAAUGAUAUACUUACUUAUAUUAUAUUAUUGAUAUAAAUACUGUUAUAGUGUGUUGAUGCCAUAUGGCUUUACAUUUUAUGGUUUAGGACAAGGGACAUUGCACGUUAGACUGUAACACGUUUUCCCUUUAUAUGUAUGGGGGAUGUUUUUAUCAUCACUUAACAUUUAACAUAUGGUUUAGCAAAAUGCUUUGUUUGUGGAGUUAACUGCAUUUUACUGAGAUGGUAAAUAGUAUAAAUAAGAAGAAAAAACUGUAGACUCCAAUAUAGCGGUUCACUCUUUGGAAAACAAUGAUAGAGUUACCUCCCCUAAAUCAUGUACAUCUACACUGUGGAUAUUUCUUGUGCGUUACAUUUGUGCAUUACGUAUGAAUCAUUCCAAUAUCCUCUUUGUUAAAUUAGCAUAACACGAAGUAAAUAAUUUAUAACCGUC